UAAAUGAAAUGAACAGUCAGAUUAAAGCCCCAUGUUGCCCGUUUAUCAGUUCCACAUUCAGAGAUUUCCAGGAAGAACGGGACUACCUUGUCAAACAUAUAUUCCCUGAAUUACAACAGAUUUGCAAAGACAAAUGUACAUAUUUUGCACCAAUAGAUUUACGAUGGGGUAUUAAUAAAAAUCAGUCACAAGAGGGCAGGGUGAUAUCUCUCUGCCUGGACUAUAUUCAUGAUGGUGCUCCUUAUUUUAUUUGUUUAUUGGGGGACAGAUACGGAUAUCACUAUGAUGAAGAGAGUUGCGAUCCAGCCAGUAAAGAAUGGUUCAAUAAAAAUCUCUUCGUUGCAUCCAAAGAGGGUCACCCCUGGGUAACUGAGCACAAAGAUAAGAGCAUAACAGAGAUGGAGAUAAUCGCCGCUCUCAAGUACGCCAAUUGUACGCGAGCUUUUUUCUACUUCCGAGACACUAACUACAUCAACAAGAAGUUCCCUGAUGGCCCCACUGAGGAACAACGACGGAUUUACGGCACAGAAAAUGAGAAAUGUGCCCGAAAACUGAAACACUUGAAAGACCAGAUAACCGCGUCAGAGCGGGUCGCCAACUUUGCAUCCCCAAAAGAGUUGGGAGAUCUUAUCUUACAAGACAUGAAGGCAGCUAUCGAGGAGGAUUAUCGAGACAGCGACGUGAUGGUGCACCUGCCUCAUCUACCACAAGCCCUGACCGAGCGAAUACACAACCUCAAACCUGAGAAGAGAGAGAUGAUUUUAGCGCACCAUCUGUUCGAAGCCAGGAACGGAGAUACAAGUCGGUUAGCUAACUUUGGGUCCGAUCUGAUCGUGGGUUUAAAUCAGCACGCUGCGUCCAUUGGUCAACCUAAACAUAAGCCUAUAAUGCUGAUAAGUGGUGAACAAGGGUGCGGCAAGUCGACCCUCCUGUCCAGAUGGGCUCUGCAGUACGGCAACAAUUCGGAUAUUCCUCUGAUAACACACUACAUCGGAUGCAGCAACUACAGUCGUGAUCUUUCUCAUAUGCUGGAGAACGUGCUACAAAUUCUAGGCGUGGAUAUUGAUGAGAGCGGUGGAGAAGAUCAGCUGAUGACCGAAUGUACCAGGAAACAGUGGAGCUCGCUUCAGGACAACAUCGAGCUGUUUAACCGGGUAGUACAGGCCAAGGAACAGAAGUUCGUCCUGGCUAUAGACUGUCUGGAGAGCCUGUCAGCUGACAGUGACCACGCCCACGUGUUGGAGGACUUCACGUGGUUACCAAACAACAUUCCAGACACGUGCAGAAUCAUCAUCACGUGUACAACUAACUCGCCGCAGUAUCAGAACUUUACUGAGAACUACAACAGUAAGGGAGAAAAUAACCAUGUCGAGUAUCACAUGGGCGGAAUAUCAGACGUGGAACAGAGGAAAAUAGUGGUACAGAAACACCUGGAAACAUAUUGCAAACAUCUGGAUCCUCAACAGCUCAAUACCAUUUGUAACACCAGUCUCAGUCACAACCCUAUGUAUCUGGUCGCUGUGGCAAACGAACUCAGGGUAUUCGGUAUCUACGAAAAGGUAGAUGCUCAGAUAGAAUCCAUUGUGGAGGCUCCAACGCAAGAAACUCUGUGGUACAACAUCUUCAUCAGAUGGUGCAGGGACUAUGGUUGGGCUGACAACGUAAACAACAACUGGGUCCAGGAUGCGCUCUGUUUCAUCGCCAUGAGUAGACGAGGGUUGACGGAGCAGGAAAUUCUGGGUGCUUUACAGAUGAGUGGGUACAGGGAUACAACUGAAGUGAAGACUGCCGACUGGGCUUCAUUUUACAGAGCUGCUCAAGAUUCUCUUAUCAAGGAGCACACCGGAAUAUUUUCACUUGCUCACGGUUGUGUUCAAAAAGCGGUGCUAUGCUCCGUAAUGGGCGGAACCCCCGAGGUUAAACUGGACGAAAUCAACCAAAAAUACUCCAACCACAAACUGAAACGGAUGCCAAGCUUCUUCCGGAAAACCCACAAUUGUUAUCACACGAAACUUGCCAACUACUUCCAAACUCAGCCCAUCAAUUGGAGGACUUUAGAAGAGUUACCCUGGCACUGGUCUCAGGCCCUUCGAUGGAAGAAACUGCACAAAAUAGUGAGAACACCAGAAUAUUUUGAGUUGUUCCGCUCAAGUUCCGAGAUCAACCAGUUCAACACAUUUAAUAUAGAUCUGUUUCGGUACUGGGAUGAAAUGAAGCAACAUGCCCCUAAUCUAGACGGUCCUGCCGAGACGUAUAACAGGAUGAUGCAACAUGAACUGACUCAGUCGCUCAGUGACGUCACAUUCAUGAACGAUCAAAACGAGACGGCAGAAGAAGACAAUGAAGAACAAAUGAAGACACUCGUUGAAAGAGCCACCAAUCACGUAGCUGCUGAAGAGUCGAUAAGGUUGUCCAAAUGGGCGUGGCUGGCUGGUCAGUUUCUGGGAGAGAUCUGUGAUUACGAACCUGGAACCAAAUUACUCCAAUAUGCCAAACUGCUAUGUCCAUCUAAAAAAUCCGACCUGCUGUACCAAAUAAACUACUCCCUCGGUAAAGUUUACUACUACAAAAUCGACUGGGAAAACGCACGGAGGAGUUUCCUGGAGGCCCGGAAAGAGCUGAAAAAAUGCAGGAAGGACGGAAAUGAGCAGUUGGAGGAGGAAUGCGCUCUCCUCAACAACACUGUGUCUUGUAUGUUGAUCAUGAAACGUCUUGAUGAAGCUGAACGGUUGCUGAAAGAGACUGGAGACAAAUACCAGCUACUCAACAGAUACGAACAAUCUCCCGGAUAUUUCAUGUACAGAUUCAACAAAUCAAGGUUGAUAGCAAAACGAGCCACCAAGAUGACGGACCAGAAGAAACAGGAGGAGAGAUCGACGCUAUUUCGAGAGGCUUUAGCGAUAUUCGACGAGACGUUACAAUUCAGGAUGAAACACUACGGGUGGAGGCACCCGUUAGUUGCUCUUAACUGGCAAGAACAGGGUUUCCUCUACCACUCUUGGGGAGACCGUAUCGAAGGAGAGAAAUGCUUCAAAAAAGCUCUGGAAAUCUACGAGGAAGUUCUGAGUCAGGAUCACGUGCUAAUUGCAACCUGUAAAUAUCAUCUGGGUAUGAUCUAUCAGGAGAUGAGAAAAUGGCACCAAGCCCUCCAAUGUUUCCAGAUCGCCUUAAGGAUAAGACAGAGCAAAUUCACCCAUGCUAGAAGAUGGACAGACAUCUCACGGAGGAUCGUUAUUUGUAACAAAAAAAUUGAUGAACUGAAUGACCCCAGGUCUAGUUCCGCUCCUCCACCUAGAAUAAACCCUCCCUCCACGGGGACCACCACCACUACAACCACCAACAGUUACCAUAGCAACACCCGCUCCAGCCACCUUGACAACGGUGAAACCACCGCAACCACUAGGGAGACGAGCAAUUCGAGGACAACCACAAGCUCCACAACAACAACCACAACCGUACAGCAUAGACCGUAUGAUAGAAUUGAAAUAAGCUCACAGUUUCAGAGGUUGUCUCUUCAUCUGGAGAUGUCCACGACCAUUUAGUAGUAAAACAGAAAAUUUAUUCAUUAAGUUAUUGGUAUGUUUAUAUUAUAAAAUAUGCACUUUAGUUGGCAGAUCUUUGUCUGGCAAAAUUGAUUUGAUGAUGAUGAACGGAGCUUUUUUUUCAUAGGUUUGGAAUCUUGAUUUUUCAUUAAAUUUGAGAUGUGAGGGUUUUCUUAUGACGGAGAGAUUUUGAAGCAGUAUGAACUUUAUGAUAUGAAUCCUGCUUCCAUACGUCCCAUAUGUCUACUUCAAUUACUGAAAGGUUUUUAGUGUUUUGAUGGGUAUGCCUCUCCAUUCUCUUCAUUUUUUCCAGGGUUGAAAUAUUUUAAUCCGUUCUUUUGAAACAACUUUCGAUUUUUCUACUACGCCAUAAUAUAAUUGUUAUUCAUAUUGAAGGGGUUGUCAACAUAUUUUGUUUUUAUCUGUAAUAACAAGCUUUGAGAGUUUUAAAAGAGAUAGUCAUAAGGAAAUUAUUUUUAUUUGAUAACUUUAUUUAUAAUUACACAGUGAGUGCCGUGAAGUGCAUUUUUUGCAUUUUUGCGCUUCAGCAUGGGUUAUAAUACCUGUCUUUUUUACUUGAUAAGUUGAUGCUGAUAGUGAUACUGAUGCAGCCUGUCAGGCUUUCAGAAUCAAAAUUGUAAAUUCUACGAAGAUCGGCCAGAUUUAAUUUGUUUCAGAAAAAAUGUUUGGCGAAAUAUUUUAAUCGUGAGGUUGUGGAACGCACGAAUCCGUCGAUUUUAUGCUUUUUUCAAAUACUGGUCAAUCAUUGUACAUAAUUUUUAAUCCAUUUUUAUCUCAGUAUUAUUAAAUGUACCAAUCUAAGUAAGUGAACUCUAAAAUGAUUUCUGUACGCUAACGAAUUUAAGUUCUUAUUGGUGUACUUGUAUUCAAAAAGUUACUGAUUAAAAUUCAAUUAGAAUUAAUAACGGAUCAUAUGUGCGACAGCUAUUAGAAAAGUAAAGAUACUAACAGUAUUGGUACUCUUCUACUGGUUACUAUUACCGUCUGAUAUCGCCGAUAUUGUGUUACAUCUAUUAUAAAUACAGACCAAGAGUUUGUCAAUCUAAUUAUUUGUUCCUCCUUUGGUUUAAAAGCUACCAUUUUCAUACCUAGCAUACAAAAAUGUAGUUCACAACAACAUUCGUUGCAUAUCAUAAACCGGUAAUAGUCAUAUCAGCAGUGGCAACAUUUUGGGGUCAUCUUAAAGUUUCGUACGAUUAGAGAUAUUACUAUUAGCGAUUAGUUUUACUCGAUUUUUCUUAAGGGUUAUUAUAUAUCACUGAAUUUGAUCUCAAUUUCAUCGACAGUGAUAACCAUUUUGAGCCAAAUAGUGAUUAGUAUUGGGUUACUGAUCCUUGAUUUUAUCUUAUCAAUUGGUGAAUGUACUCAAACUGGAACUGUUCUAUUUAUUGCAAGUUGACCUGCUUUAUUCAUAAUAUCUUUUGGCCCAAAAUGAGGUUUGAGGUUUUCAUCUCUAUUUGCCAAAAUGGUUUAAACUUGAAAGAUUGAUACAAUUAUGUUUAUUGAUUCAGAUGUAUCAUACAAUAUUUCCAUG